CAGAGAUUCCGAGUAUCAAAAUCAAACUACAAAAUCCUUUAGAAAACAGCUGGUUUUAUGGGAGUGUUGUGAGCUUGAAGUUCCAUGUCCUUUUUUUUCUUCUUCUUCUUGUUGUGGGGUCCUCUUCUUUCCGUAAAUGACAGUCUAAUCUACAGCCUGGAAAAGGUGUUGGCAGCUCGCUAAAAAUCUCUGCUUGAUGGGCUUUCAUAGUGGGAUUCAUGUAAUACCAGCUGGGUUAUUCUCUUCGCUUCAGACCCAUUUCUUCUUUAUCGAUGCUAUGCAUUCUGCUCUCUGAAUGAGGUAAUGGUCUAACUUUGUCUGUUUAUAUCAGAGAGCUUCUAGAUAAUUUGAAUUUGGUCUAUGUUUGAGCAAAGCUUGUGUUUUUGUGUCGUUAACAUAUCAAUACUUCAUAUGUUCCUUUUCAUAGAGUCCUUUGGUUAUACAUUGAGUUAGAUAGAUCUGGAUUUGCUGAAGCUUUGGGAAUUGGGUUUUUCUCAGAUCUUAGUGGAUUGGAAGAUAGGUUGUCUUAUUAGUUUUGAAUUUGGUUGUACCAGUUGGGCAUCCUUUCGGUUUAUUAGGCUUUUAAAAUCUGAGGUCUUAGAAAUGGUGAAGAUGAAAGCAGUGAAGUUGGUACCUCUGGUUCUGACUGUUAUUCUGUUUAUGGGUCAUGGAUCAUGUGCCUCAUUCACUCCUGUUGACAACUACUUAAUUGCUUGCGGUUCUUCAAAAAGUUUCACCUUCCAAGAUCGAACUUUUGUUCCUGAUUCCGACCAUUCUUCACUUGUCCUAAAAAGUGGCAAUUCUAGUGUUGCCAGUUCCAAUUCUAGUGUUCCAUCUCCCAUUUACCAAUCUGCUCGAGUUUUUUUGGGCAUGGGUUCUUAUAAAUUUAAAAUUGAGCAAGUAGGCCGGCAUUGGGUCCGCCUAUACUUUUACCCUCUUCCAAUAUCUGGGCAAAACUUGAACUCUGCCUCUAUGUCUGUAGUCACUGACAAUUUGGUGCUCUUGAACAACUUCACAUUCAAGAACUAUAAUGGUUCUUAUAUGUUUAAGGAAUAUGCAAUAAAUGUGACUUCAGAUACCUUUACCCUCACUUUCAUUCCUUCAAACAAUUCAGUUGCGUUUAUCAAUGCAAUUGAAGUUGUCUCUAUCCCAGAUGAGGUGCUCCCUGACCAGGCAUUGGCUCUAAAUCCAACUGCUCCUUUUAGUGGCCUCUCUGAACUUGCCCUUGAAACUGUUUACCGGUUAAAUAUGGGGGGUCCUUUGCUCACGGCUGAAAAUGAUACCCUUGGAAGGACUUGGGAGAAUGAUGUGAAGUAUCUCCAUGUGAACAGUUCUGCAAAGAAUGUGUCAGUCAGCCCUUCAAACAUAAAAUAUCCAGCUGGCAUCACCCCUGAAACAGCACCGAAUUUGGUUUAUGCCACUGCUGAAACGAUGGAAGAUCCUAAUGUAGCCAUCGUGAACUUCAACAUAACUUGGGUUUUUUCUGUUGAUCCAAGCUUCGAGUAUCUUGUUCGGGUACAUUUCUGUGAUAUUGUGAGCAAGUCUCUAAACACUCUAGUUUUCAAUCUCUUCAUAAAUUUCGAUAUUGCUCUUGGGAGUUUUGAUCUAUCUUCCCUUACUAGUGACUUGGGCAUUCCUUACUACAAAGACUUUGUUUCCAACUCCUCGGCGGGUUCAGAUAUUUUGACUGUUAGUGUUGGUCCGGAUACUAUGGCUGAUGCCGCUAAUGCAAUUAUGAAUGGGCUGGAGAUUAUGAAAAUCAGCAAUAAAGCUAGGAGCUUGGAUGGUCUUUUGUCUGUUGAGAGUCUCCUUCCCAGUUCACCCUCAAAGAAGAUCAAUAUAGGAAUCAUAGUUGGUUCUAUUGGAGGAGCUGCAGCUGUCCUGGCACUAAUUGUUUUGUGUUGUUGUUUGGUGGCCCGCAAGUCCAAGACUACUCAACAAGGGCAUUAUCCAUGGCUUCCUUUGCCCUUAUAUGGAAACUCUCAGACCAUGACAAAAAUGUCCACAACUUCCCAAAAGAGUGCAACAGCUAGCUGCAUUUCAUUAUCUUCCUCCAGUCUUGGUCGGCUCUUCAUGUUCCAAGAAAUCCUGGAUGCAACAAAUAAGUUUGAUGAGAGUCUACUUCUUGGGGUAGGUGGUUUUGGGAGGGUUUACAAGGGAACCCUAGAGGAUGGGACAAAAGUAGCUGUUAAGAGAGGAAACCCCAGAUCUGAACAGGGUAUUGCUGAAUUCCGAACUGAGAUUGAGAUGUUAUCCAAGCUCCGCCAUCGCCACCUUGUGUCUCUUAUUGGCUAUUGUGAUGAAAGGUCAGAAAUGAUUCUGGUCUACGAAUACAUGGCUAAUGGACCCCUCAGGAGCCAUUUGUACGGAACAGAUCUUCCAUCUCUACCAUGGAAGCAACGGCUUGAAAUUUGCAUUGGCGCUGCAAGGGGGCUUCAUUAUCUCCACACUGGUGCAACUCAAAGCAUAAUUCACCGGGACGUGAAGACUACAAACAUUCUCUUGGAUGAGAACUUUGUGGCCAAAGUUGCUGAUUUUGGUCUCUCAAAAACAGGUCCAGCCAUAGAUCAGACCCAUGUGAGUACAGCAGUUAAAGGAAGUUUUGGUUACCUUGACCCCGAAUACUUUAGAAGGCAACAGCUUACAGAAAAAUCAGAUGUGUAUUCAUUCGGAGUAGUUCUAAUGGAAGUUUUCUGCACAAGGCCAGCUUUAAACCCUGUUCUCCCUAGAGAGCAAGUCAAUAUAGCAGAAUGGGCGAUGAGCUGGCAAAAGAAGGGCAUGCUGGAUCAAAUCAUGGACCCAAAUCUGGUGGGGAAGGUGAAUCCGGCUUCUCUAAAGAAGUUUGGGGAGACAGCUGAGAAGUGCCUGGCCGAGCAUGGGGUGGACAGGCCAUCAAUGGGAGAUGUCUUGUGGAAUCUUGAAUAUGCACUUCAGCUUGAGGAGACCUCAUCUGCACUCAUGGAACCUGAAGAUAACAGCACAAACCACAUUCCAGGAAUCCCGUUGACCCCACUUGAACCAUUUGAUAACAGCGUGAGUAUGAUCGAUGGGGUGAACUCCGGUACAGAUGAUGGAGAAGAUGCUGCCACAAGUGCUGUAUUCUCUCAGUUAGUAAAUCCUCGUGGAAGAUGAGAAGAUAAAAGACUUCCAUAUAUUCUGAUCUUGGCCACCAGAUGUCCUUUGAAAGGUAUUGGCAAAUGGUCAUCUUGGCCUGGAGAGAGUACUUGAAAAGACCCUGAGUGAAUGAUUCAAGCUUACUUCUAGUUUCAUUGUUCUGUUCUUUUUACCUCAAUUUUUCGUCUAUAAUUUAUAAUUUAUUUAGUUUGUAAUAUAGUUGAGUGGUGGGAACUGAUUGACCCACCAGAAAUUGCAUGUUAGGUACCAUAAAAAUUGUAUUGUUGUCUUGGUAGAAAUCUAUCUGGCUUUCUACUACUGCCCGUGUUUUUACACAAUUAUAAGAUAUGAAUUCUAUUUGCAUUUA